AGUCAAUCGGGCCGCACAACGGACGAUGGGCAUCAGUCGCGAACGGCAUCGGAACGUUGUGCCAGAAGUUUCUGUCCGCACAGUCCCGCAGUCCUCUACUUUUAGCAUGGCCGCUUGCUAAACCUACUUCACACGUGGAUUGUCAGCCUACGCCACGAUCCCACUGUAUUUCCUUGUCAGUAGGCUAUUGCAGAGACGGGUAAAGUCAGUGUGAGAUAUUAGUUAUCAGGUGGCUGAAAUUAUACGAAAUUAUAUGGAUAAGUUGCGAAGAGUUCUCAAUGGGAAUGAAGAGGCGGAUGAAGAAAGGGGUACUCUUGCCACAAUAGUGGAUUCAUCCACCCUGAGUUGGUCAACCAGAGUGAAAGGCUUCAUUGCUUGCUUUAUUCUUGGCUGGGUCAUCUCUCUCCUUGGAGUUGUGGUCAUGUUUAUAUCAGGGGGAACCAAUCUCUUGGGGUUUGCCCUAUUGUACACAUUUGGGAAUGUUGUUGCUUUAUCCAGUACAUUCUUCCUGAUGGGCCCAUGGAAUCAGCUGAAGAAGAUGUUUGCUGCCACACGAGCUGUUGCCACUGUUGUCAUGCUGGUAGCCCUCAUCCUUACACUCUUGGCAGCAAUCUGGUGGAAGAACAAAGGGCUUGUCAUCCUGUUCCUCAUCAUCCAAUUCUUUUCCAUGUUGUGGUACUCCCUAUCAUACAUCCCAUUUGCCCGUGAUGCUGUCCUCAAGUGCUUUGGAAGUUGCCUUGGAUAGAAAGAGCAAAGUUCUUCCCAUCCUCCUCAAAAUGUAUUUGUGAUUGCCAUUUCAAAAUUUCUCUUGCUCUUCUCUUGUCUUCCAUCAAACUGGCCUGACAAAUCAAUUUUUUCCUCCACUCAACUUCGAUUUUUAUGAACUAGUAUAUUUUCUCAGAUGUUCAUAUUUUUCUCAAGGUC